GGACUGACCAGAGAUGGUCUCGAUAGCCUUGAAAUUGAUGCGAUGAUCAUACAACUAUGGUAGGUAUGAUGUUCCUAAUACACACUGUUUGCUAGCAGAUUUUCCACAUCCAUAACGCGUUAAACAGUUCGGUACCGAAGACGUGGCCAACAUGAAUCCCACGACUUAUAUUACAGUAAUCGUCGUAGCGGUCGCAGCUCAAGCCGACAGCGCAAUAAGAAAUACAAAAGAAAUUGUGCAGAACCCGAUCAAUGCAGAGUUUGUAGAUUAUCCGAACUACCCUAGUGUAAACAAUCUCGCAUAUCGUCAUGGACCCAACGGGCCAGCAUAUUAUGAUCUAGAAAAUCCUGUGGACGAUCAUUACUAUCAACAAUUUCCAUUCCAGCUGAUCGCCUACCCUUACGGUGACCUGCAGCUGUAUGGACCGCCACGACAAUUGAGUUACCAGCAACAGCAGUACGGAAUUCCCGGUCCGUACCGACCACUACCACCGGGAACUUCAAGUCCCGGCACUGUGCCCAUCCAUCCGCCGGUUCCUCAUCCGUUUUACCAUGUACAAGGGUCACAUUACCCAGACACUACGACCGAGCCAGCCAAGACCACCACGACGGAAUCCAAUGUAAAGCCAAAAGCCAGUAACUAACAACAUUAAAGUGACUAACAACAAGGAUAUAAGUCACACAUUUUGUUUUCUUAAAAUAAUCGAAAUUGUUUAGUGUUUUUGAAAACAGUUUUCAAGUUAAUCAAACGCACAUGCACUUACCGUUAUGAAAAUGUUUAAAAUGUAUAAAGCUUUGGGGAAAAAAAACCAAUUUUAAUAUUGUCUAAUAUUGUAAAAUAACAUAAACUGUGUCCAUAAAAGAAAAACUGUAAAAGAGAAAAUUAGUGGCUCACAAUCCACCCUGUAUAUAUAUACAUUUAUAUAUUAUAUAUGCAUAAUUAUUAUGAAUAUAAAUAUAGGGUUGAUUAUAUAAUAAUAAUAAUUUUAGAUACACACGGUUUGAUAGAGUAAAAUAUUUGGUUCAGCCAGACGAUAUCCGACUGAAUUUAAUUAUUAUAUAUUUUAUAAACAACGAUAGUACUUAUUUUCUAAAAUAUAUUAAAUAAAAACUAAAGCAAUAAUUUGUAU